CAGAAAUGCCCCCAUUUAUUUUUUGAAAGAAAUGCGUCCCCACUCCCAAUUUCUAGGUCUUCCUCCACCUUCUGCUCUUGGAAAAUCCAACUCUGUUGGGAGCACUGGGCUCAAGGGAGAGGAUCAGGAUGUUUAUGACUCACUCGGCAACUUGCCCAAAACAAGACGAAAAGCUUAUGCAUAUAGAGAAGUGGAGCCAGUAGAACCCCAGAACUGCCAAAUUAUUGAGGGGCUUGAAAAUGGCUCUGAAGAUAUUGAUAUACUUCCUAGUGGGCUGGCUUUUAUCUCUAGUGGGUUAAAAUAUCCAGGCAUGCCAAGCUUUGCUCCUGAUGAACCAGGACAAAUCUUCUUGAUUGAUAUGAAUGAACAAAAUGUAAGGGCCCAGGCACUACCUAUCAGUGGUGGUUUUGACAAAGCAUCAUUUAAUCCACACGGGAUUAGUACUUUCAUCAACAAAGACAAUACUGUGUAUCUUUAUGUUGUGAAUCAUCCCCACAUGGAUUCCACUGUGGAGAUAUUUAAAUUUGAGGAACAGCCACGUUCUCUCAUAUAUCUGAAAACCAUAAAACACGAACUGCUCAAAAGUGUGAAUGACAUAGUAGUUCUUGGACCAGAACAGUUCUAUGCCACCAGAGAUCACUAUUUUACCAACUUCUUCCUGUCGCUGAUAGAGGUGAUUAUGGAUCUUCAUUGGAGUUAUGUUCUUUUCUACAGUCCAAGCGAAGUCAAAGUGGUGGCCAAAGGAUUUAGUUCUGCCAAUGGGAUCACAGUGUCACCAGAUAAGAAGUAUAUCUAUGUAGCAGAUGUAAUGGCUCAUAACAUUCAUGUAAUGAAGAAACAUGAUAACUGGGAUUUAACUCCACUGAAGGUAAUACAGUUAAGCACUUUAGUGGAUAACUUAACUGUUGAUCGUGUCACGGGAGAUAUUUUGGCUGGAUGCCAUCCUAAUGCCAUGAAACUUCUGAGCUAUAACCCUGAGGAUCCUCCAGGGUCAGAAGUACUUCGCAUCCAGAAGGUUUUGUCUAAGCAUCCCAAGAUCAACACCCUGUAUGCCAAUAAUGGCUCUGUGCUUCAGGGCAGCACUGUAGCUUCUCUGUACCAGAACAAACUUCUCAUAGGCACCAUAUUUCAUAAAACUCUGUAUUGUGAGCUCUAGACUCCAGAUAGU